AGAUAGCUUCUUCGUCAUCAGUUACGCUUGUUUGCUUUGACGUUUCGCAAACACCCCAAAUCAAACUUGAACGUGAAAUUAAAAUUCCUGUUACAAACAUAGAUCCAAAUAUCGAACCUAAUAAUGCCCUUCAGCAACUUUACACAAAUAUUUUGAACGCAAAACUUCCGAAAAAGUGGGGAAAAGUGGAUCUAUCCAUCGUAUACUACCAAAAUCCUUUGGAUAAAGAACAACUACAUUAUGCUUUGAAUGAUGAUAGGGCCCUAAAAUUUUUUUGGGAUGAUUAUCAACGAGAAGCAGGAGUUCAAUUAGUUGUUUAUACUAAACAACUGACUACUAUGCAACCUUUGGCGGUACCAGAUACUAAUGCAACAUCAUCAAAAGCAGUACCCUUGGCUCCUCUUACUCCUCGGAAGAGCCCUCCACGAUUACCACAAAUUCCAGGCCUCGAUUUUAGUUCAGGCCCAGUGUACAAGCAGAACAUUGCUAUUACUGACAAGACUACAUUCGCUUCGCUUUUGUCUUUUGCGAUUAAGAAACCACCUCCAGCAGGAAAACAGUUUGUUUUACAAAGUUCUGAUGGUGAAUUAGAAUACAUGCCUGAAGAUCCGGUGAGAAAAGUAAUUCAUGGUGCACUUCACGCUGAUGUAAUCGUGAAGAUGGAAGACAUCCGGGAGAUUGAUUUCACACAAUUUUAA